CCGUAAACUUUUGAACAAUGAUAAAUCUUUUGUAGGAGCCUCUUCAUGGUUACACCAAAAUGUAAGAGUAUUCCGAAUAACAAUCCAAGAUGGCAGCGCCCAUGGAAGCACGAAAUGCUAUUCGCCGAUUUUACAGACUGCUUACUUGUUCUCAACAGUCAUAUUUGUUACAUGCAAGGCAGAUGGGCUUUGUAGACAAGUUGAAGACUUUGCAGUGGUGGUCGGAGAAGGAAACUGAAGAGAGUGUGAUCGAGGAUGGUGCAGACGAAACAAAUAUUGUUCCAGCUAUACCCGUGAGGAAAAGGGAAUGUAUAGAGGAAGUCCGGUCAUAUCAACCACCAGCCGAUGCUGUCGAGAGAAUAUCUUACAUUGUGGAAGAGGUGUAUGGUUCCCAAGCAGAUAUGGAUUUACAACUGAAUAAUCGAGCGCAAAAGUUUGAUUUGCUGACUCGUGUGAUGGAAGAUUUGGAUCAUGACAUUGCUAGUGUUGAUCUUAAUGACAUGAAUACUGUGCAAGAUGUUUUUAAGUAUUUCAAGGUUGAAGUAAAGGAUACUUCUGCUUUAGAGGACCUUUCUAAAUUAGACUUGCCGAAAAAUCUUCAUAUAAACACAGAAUAUAUAAGAUUUCACCCAGAUACAGAUAAUAUUUAUGACGGAAUCACAGCUUUCCCUGGCAGACCAACUAGAGUGUCUAGUAUUAAAUAUAAGCGAAAAUACAAAGGCUUUGAUGGAGGUGAUGUCAUCAAUGAUCCUGAUAAGAUUAUUGGGUUGUAGUUAACUGUUUUUGUGAAUUGAUAAGUUCCAUAUAUGUUUUGUUCUUUUGUAUUAGGACUAUGGUCAUGAAUAACAUUUACAGUAAAACGUGUUAACAAAAGACUAAGUGAACUAAGG